CACAACGUUAGGAAAGAGAAGAAGUAGAAGGCUAUUUUUUUUUUAAACAUCCUGAUUGUUUGGAAUACCUGUUCGGGAAACACACACACACACACACACACACACACACACACACACUGAUGCUCCUGCUUUAUGGACCAUCUCCACCUCCAGCUCUGCACACAGAAGACCGACCUCUCCGACCAGACAUGCAAUUCUACUACGUGGGGGACCACACCUGGGCGACCAUGCUGGGUCAGAACGUGCGGUUGCAGCCGGUUCCGAUCCAGAGCCUGUCGGAGCUGGAGCGGGCCCGGCUGCAGGAAGUGGCGCUGUACCACCUGGAGGAGCGAGACCUGGACUUCAAGAUCAGCAUCCCGAGAGAAAUACACAAACGGAGAAAAUCCCUACGCAGGAAGUUCGACUCCUUCUCGAAGGAAAAGAAAGAGCGAGAAUCGGCCCCCAAGGCGUUCGGCAUCCCGCUCUCCCAGGUCAUCGCCAACGACCGGGCCUACAAGCUGCGGCAGGAGGCCCUGAAGGAGAGCCGGCGGGACUGCCUGGACCUGGAGGCCAGCGUGCUGCUCUUCAGGGCCGAGAAGAGGCACUUCUUCAACGGCUCCUCCUCCAUCGCGGCUCCGGCGCCCUUUUCUGAGACCCAGAGCAAACCGCUGUCGCCCACGUUUCUGGACAACUCGGGACGAGGACAGAGGAGGGGCGGUCUGUCGGUGGACUCCAUCUCCGACCUCGUGGAGAGUCAGUCUCGCCUGCUGGAGGCGCUGCAGCUCUCUCACCCGGCCGAGCUGGAGCUGAUGAAGACGCCGGGCGGCGGCGGCUCGUCUGAGGGGCGGGGCCAGACCAAGCUGAGCCUGAACCCCGUCUACAAGCAGGUGCCCCGCGUGCUGGAGCGCUGCUGCAGUCACAUCGAGUCCUACGGUCUGCAGACGGUGGGCAUUUUCCGAGUCGGUAGCUCUAAGAAGAGAGUGAGACAGCUGCAGGAGGAAUUCGACAGAGGAGCCGACGUCCAGCUGGACGAGGAGCACGGCGUCCACGACGUGGCGGCGCUGCUCAAAGAGUUCCUACGAGAGAUCCCAGACCCCCUGCUGCCCAGAGACAUGUACACGGCCUUCCUGCACGCCAACGCCCUCAGAGGAGCAGACCAGCUCCUCUACCUGCAGCACCUCCUCUACCUGCUGCCUCCCUGUAACUGUGACACGCUGCUGCGCCUCCUCAGCCUGCUGCACACGGUGCAGAGCUUCUCCCAGGACAGCGUGAGCCCCAACCAGGAGGAGAUCACCGGGAACAAGAUGACGGCCGCCAACCUCGCGGUGAUCUUCGGGCCCAACCUGCUGCAGCGGGAGCGCGCAGGGGACGCGAGCGUGCACGCGAUGGGCAUCGAGGACAGCACGGCGGUCAUCAACACGACGCUCGUGCUCGUGCAGAACCACCAGCGGCUCUUCACGGUGUCUGCGGAGCUGCAGCAGGAGGUUCUGAUGAGUCUGAUCCAGACCGACCCGGACAUCAUCGACUACCUGCUGCGCAGGAAGUUCAGCGGCAGCCACGUGACCCCGGAGGGCGGCGACGGCGGGGAGCCGGCGGCCCGCCGGGACACGGGGGCGUCCCUGGACUCCGCGGGGGCCUCCAGCGGGAGCCUGACCCCCCUGGAGCCGCCGGCCCCCCUGUUCGCGCCCGCCGGCCCCGGCGGGGAGGGCGGCCUCAGCAGCGAGGUGUUCCUCCACGUCCUCAGGCUCAACCGGAACCGACCGGAAAACAGACUCGGUGAGGCGCCUGCUGGUAAAUCCAUCCGCCACAUGCGGCAGUUCCACUCGCACCACAACCUGCUCAGCCUGGCCCGGGACCCCGAGGCCCGGGACCCUGAGGCCCGGGACCGGCGGGCGGCGCCGGGCGGCGGCGUGUGGGUGAGGCGGCCGGCGCCCGACGACGGGAAGCCGGCGCCGCCCGCCGCCGCCAACUUCUGGGACUUUUUCACAGGAAGAGGAUCAGGGUCAGAAACCAUGGUCUGAUGGGGGGGGAGUGUGUGUGUGUGAGUGUGUUUGAGUGUGUGUGUGUGUGUGUGUCUGAGUGUGUGUGUAUGUGUGUGUGUGUGUGUUUUGACUCGAAUCUAAAAGAAUAAAUCAUUUUGUUUAUGAGAUUAAAUGAAAAUGAAUAGUUAUAAUGGAGAUGUUCACAAUGUGUACAUGAUGUGUACAUGGUGUGUACAUGAUGUGUACAUGAUGUCAUUGAACACACCAUACGCAGUAGAAGUCCACCACUCAGCUGGACUCCCUCUCCAGACUCCUGUUGGGGGUUCUGCUGCUUUCCAGUAAUCUACAAUAAACGACACUGUAAAUAUAAUCCAGAGCCCAUCUGUCCCACAUUGAGGUCGGACACCUGAAGGCACCUCAGUGAAAUAAAUAAACAACAUUAGAACCAGAA